AUGCCCUAUAAUCCUAGGACCGAUAUUAGCAGGACCUUCUACGACGCUGACAAUACUAACUUUGUGGUUAACGUGAAUCUUUUUGCGCGAAGCGAGCACGAAACGGAGGAUUCUAUCCUAGAAUACGAUGACCCGCUGCCUAGAACUCUGCUAACUACGCUAAUAGUUAACGGUUCUAAUGCCAAUCUAGCGGACGAUUCUGCUAAAACGAUAUUCGAAGAAAAUGAUGGCAUAGAAGAUGCUUCUAGAGAGUAG